AGUUUAAUAAUGAGUUUAAUUACAAUGGGUCUCUGCCAAUGUGCUCGGUUAUAAAUAUAUCUCGUUCAAGGUAAUGGAAGAAGCAGUAGUCAAUCAUAGUACUAAGAGGAAUCUCAAGAGAGGUAUAGAUCAAGCAUUAUGACGAUGAAGACAAGUAGAAUUGUGAUUACCAGUUCUUAUAGUUCGGUAGCAGUUAUUGUCGUUGCGAUGUUGUGUUUAAGUAGUAUGCCUUCAGUAAAAUCUCAGUUAACUUCAAACUUCUACGCAACAACAUGCCCUAGUCUUUUUCAAAUUGUACGUCGUGAAGUGAAAUCCGCAAUAAAAAAUGAAAUGCGCAUGGCCGCUUCCUUAGUUCGUCUUCAUUUCCAUGAUUGCUUUGUGAAUGGCUGUGAUGCGUCUAUCCUUCUAGACGGUGGUGACGGGGAGAAGUUUGCGUUCCCGAAUAUAAAUUCGGUUCGAGGAUAUGAUGUUGUGGAUACAAUAAAGAAAGCUCUUGAAGAUAAAUGCAGUGGAGUGGUAUCUUGUGCUGAUAUACUCGCUCUGGCAGCUCGAGAAUCUGUUCUCCUAAGUGGAGGGCCAUCAUGGAAAGUCCGAUUUGGAAGAAGAGACGGGAUAAUAUCGAACCAAACGAAAGCAAAUCUUGCUCUUCCAUCUCCAUUUGAGAAUGUCACUGCAAUUAUCUCCAAAUUUUCAGAUGUUGGCCUUAACGUCACCGAUGUUGUAGCCUUGUCAGGUGCUCAUACAAUUGGGUUAGCAAAGUGUGCGACAUUUAGUACAAGAUUGGUGAAUUUCUCUGGAAGUGGCGCACCCGAUCAAACCAUGCACACUGAUAUGGUAACUGACUUACAGUCAGUUUGUCCACAAAAUGGAGACGGUAAUAAAACAGUUGCAUUAGACCGUAACUCAACUGAUUUAUUCGAUAAUCAUUACUUUAAGAACCUACUUGAGAAGAAGGGCCUUCUAUUUUCUGACCAAGUUCUCUACUCGAGUGAUUCUGCGGCCGCGACUACAAAAUCCAUAGUUGAAAGUUACAGCAACGACUCCCAACUUUUCUUUCUGAAUUUCGCUACUUCAAUGUUCAAAAUGGGAAAUAUCAGUCCGCUCACUGGGUCUAAUGGUGAAAUACGUAAGAACUGCAGGGUGGUGAAUUAAACAAUCCCAAAUUAUGUCUUAAACACACAUAUAUAUAUAUAUAUAUAAUGGACUAUGGAUGGAUUGUGAACGUAUCUAAUGUUGAUAUAUCAGUGAACUUGUUGAAUAAAUUCAAGGUACAGCUAGUACUUAUUUAUCGUUUACAAGCAA